UACUACCAAAAUAUAUCUGGUAUUCGAACUAAAUGUGCAAAGGUUCGCAUGUUAACUGCUCAUUUGGAAUAUGACGUAUACGUUUUUGUGGAAUCAUGGCUUAACGACAGCUUUUUUGAUUGCGAAAUCUUUGAUUCAGACCUUUUCGACAUUUUUCGCAAAGACAGUGAUGCUGAGAAGACGGGAUGUUCUAGAGGCGGUGGUGUUCUUAUAGCGGCUCAACGGAGAUUCAAAGCUUCACAAGUAACGCUCACCAAUUCUGACUCGCUCCUUGAUCAGCUUUGCGUCUGUAUUCACAGCUCCACCGGCGAUAUCCUUUACAUAUGUGCGUCAUACAUCCCGCCGAAUAGCUCUGAAAGCCUUUACGUUGCACAUGCUGAUAACAUCGUAUCAUUGGCGUCUGAUGUCGUUUGUAAUAAUCACAUUUGUGUUCUUGGUGAUUUCAACUUUAGCCGGUUGAAUUGGACUCCAAGUGGGGAUUCUGCUGCUCUUAUAGCUGCAAACGUGAGCUCUCCAACAGAAAUUCAUAUCGUUGAUAGCUUUUCAAGUAUUGGAUUACAGCAAGUUAACUGUAUUUAUAACCAACUAAAUAGACUAUUGGAUCUUGUUUUUAUCAGUGACAAUGUAAACUUCACGUUAUCGGAAUGUAUGUCUCCCAUCUCCCCGGCUGUAAUGCAUCAUGUGCCUCUCGCUCUUGAGCUGGAGUUUUAUAACUUUGAUUCAUUGCCGGAUGAUCGCAGUAUUAAUUUUAACUAUAAAGCGUGUGAUUUUUCUUCCUUAAAUGAUGCCCUAUCAAAUAUAGAUUGGAGUUAUGCUUUCCGUGGCAGUGAUGUAGCCUCUUGUUACCGUAUUUUUAAGACCACCCUCUAUGAGCUAUGCCUACAGUAUAUCCCUAUUCUUAAGAAGAAGGUGUACAAACUACCGUGGUAUACGAAGCGUUUAAAGCAUCUAAAAAAUUUAAAAAACAAAUUUAGCAAAUUGUAUAAAUCCUCAAAGCGCAUCUUCUUAAGUUCCGGUACUUUCUAAAAGAAUUUAAUUGUUUGAACAAAUUUUUAUACCGAAAUUAUAUUUUAAACUUUGAAGCUAAUAUUAUCUCGAAUCCCAAAUCUUUCUGGCGUUUCAUUGAUUCCCGAAAAUCUUGCUCAUCAAUUCCAACAAAUGUUUUCUACAAUGGCCGCUCCGCAAAUUCAUCCUCUGACUCGGCAAACCUAUUCGCUGAGUUUUUUUGCGCUAACUUUGUCAAUGACAUGGACUCGAAUAUAACGGGAUCUAGCUCCUCUAGUGACUCUUCGCUGAAUUUUGGUUCGCUAGCCAUUUCAACCGAGGACGUUAUCAAAGGAAUUGGUGAUCUUAAGCCAUCUUCACAAAGCGAUGUAGAGGGUUUCUCGGCUUUUCUGUUGAAAAACUGUCUAUGUUUAGCUGAGCCUCUUACUGCAAUCUUCAAUCACUCUCUGGCCUCGGGCAUAUUUGUGGACGACUGGAAACAAACGUCUGUAACCCCUAUCUUUAAAAGUGGGAA